AACUAAAUGUGUUUGUGUUGUGUCUCAGAUUUCAGAUGCUAAGUCUCUUACACUAAUUACGUAUUAUACAUAUAGAUAAUAGUUAUAGUGGGAAGUAAAUAGUUUAUAUUUGAAAAACUACACACGCAUUUAUCGAAAUGGAUCCCGAAGCAUUCCUCGAACUUGCAAACGAAGUUACCAAGCUAAAAAUGUUUCCAUAUUUCGAGGCUGCUCACUGUGCAAUAGUAUGUAUGUAUGUGAAAGAAGACUUAGCAUCUGGAUCUCACAUGUUUUCAAGGAAGCAUCCCUUGGCUUGCUGGCUGUCUUGUAUGUUGUCUAUUUUUGCGGGUACGAUUCUUUGUAACUUUCUUUUGGGAGAACCAGCACUUUUGGCAUUUAAGAACUCCAAUUCUCUUCUUCUUGCUACAGGAGUUUGGUACUUAAUGUUCUACUCCCCCCUUGACUUGCCUUAUAAGGUGUGCAAGUUCCUGCCUGUGAAAUUGGUGUUAGCUGCAGUGAAGGAGGUGUACAGGUGUAAAAAAGUCCAUGAUGGUGUAGCACACGCUGCCAUGUUAUACCCUACUGGAUAUCUGAUCAUGAUCAUUGCAGGAAUAGUUAAAGGAAAUGGAGGAGCUAUCUUGAAAUUACUGGAAAGGUUGUUUAGAGGUGUAUGGACCCCAUCAGCUGUUGAAUUCAUGCAACCAAGCUUUCCUACCAAAGCUUGUGCAGCUGCAUCCUUCAUUUUUGUGCUGAAUAAAAAAACAAAUCUGAUUUCUGCGCCGUCUUCUCUUGUUUACUUUGGAAUUGCCAUCUUUUUUGUUUAUUUUAAACUGUCUUCUGUUCUUCUGGGCAUUCACGAUCCUUUUGUACCUUUUGAAAAUCUCUUCUGUGCUGUCUUUAUGGGUGGUAUAUGGGAUGCUUUGGGUCAUGCAGUUCCUACUGCAAAAGGAGAGCACACACCUAUAAAAGUUGAUUCCACCAAAAAUGGAAAAACUGAAUCUGGAAGAAAGAAGGAUUAAGUAAAGCCUGUUGAAACUAGUCAAAGAUUACUAAGACAUGGCUAGUCUGUGAAAAUGUGUGUUUCAACUGUCCUCAGUUUAAAUUUUACCAAAUUAAAAAAAAAAAUUGUCUCGCUGAAAAUGGAGUAAGUAUUGAUGUUUCACGCUCACUCAAGAUGGUUGGUUGGUUCGUUUAUAUUUAGCUUUUACCAAAUGUACAUGUUCAGUAUUGUAUUUUGUUAUUGUUGACCAAUUGGUUUAUAGCAUGUCUCACGUGAAAACCUUAGUCUUAAAAACAUUGUAUGCAAGUUUUAUUAUUUAAAUGUAAGAGCACUGUUCUAUAUAAACUCCAUGGUGCCAAAAGAAAAUUACUAACUAAUGAUGGACACGUUACUUUUAGGUAAAAAAUUUUAUUCUGCAAGUUAAAGCAAACAAAAGUUAUGACACCUGUGGUUUUUGUUGCAUGGAGAAGGAAUUUUUAAAUUUGUUAUUUCAAAGUACACACUUUUAGCUUAAUAUUAACUUUAUCUUAUUUGUGUAUGCUGUUUUAAGUUUUCCUUUACAUAUCACUAUAAAACCUAUAUGUGAAGAAUAUGUAACAUUAAUGUUACAGAUUUUUUCUUCUUAAUUAUUCAGUGAACAAGCUUUUAAGACAAUGUCAUUUUUUUCUUUCUUCACCAAAAUUGUGAAUGUGGGAAAGAAAAAAAAAUCUGUCCAGGCUACUUAUGGGUGAUGGAAUUUCCCUGAAACCAGUCUAACUCGGUGAUAAUUGUGGCAUUGAAUGGCACUGGGAUUCAAAUUUUUUUCAACCAAAAUUCAUAUUUGGAAGAUGAAAGAAAAAAUUACAGUAAUUCAUUCUUACAAAGUAAAAUCAUUACAUAAAGUAAAAUCAGAAGAUCUUUUAUGGUUACUACUUUAAUUUGUGAGAUUUUUGGUACUUUGUGUUCAAAACUAUGAGUAAGUUGUUGUGUAAAAAUAUACAGUGUGUGUAGAUUAGUGGCUUUUAAAAUAUAAUGCUAGUGGAAUCAGUGUAAGUUAUUGUCUAAAUGUAUGAUUUUUACUUAAAAGGGAGAAAACAUCCUGCCGAGUUUUAAAACAUAACCCUUGGUAUCUUCUCUUUCGAGUUAGUAACUAAUGGUGAAAACAAAAUGUAUAUUUAAAUGUUACUGUCAUAGUGUACAGCAGAAAACAAUUUUAUUUUGACAUUUGUUUCUUCAACCAGAUGAUACUCCUUUUUAAGAAUUUGUUACUAGUGGACAAGCAUCAUCAUAAAAAUCAAUUGGUGAUAUAUUUCCGUUUGUUUUUAUGACUUUCAUCUAAACCUUUUUUGAACAUAAAGCAUUGUUUUAAGUUUUACUUGAAUAUGAGUUUAGGGUGCAGGUUGGUCUAGUGAUAGAGCUGUUGAGCCAAGUUGAAUCUGUGCAGUACUGCAAAAUAAUCCUUGCACUUUAAGCUGUGGGUGUGUUGUAAAAGUGACAGUCUCUCAGCAUGGCUAGUAGGAUGCUACUGACUGGCUGCCUAUCCUCCAGUCAGCCUAAGUAUCUUUGCCUUUAGUCAAAGUGAUUGUCACAAUAUAAUGUUUUGCCUAAUUGAAGUGAAUUUGUUCUUGAAGAACAAAAAUUUUAAAAUUAGAAUUAUUAGUUUACUUUCGGAAGCACGUAUGUAAAUUUUACAUUUUGUUCAGUAUCAACCAUAUUAUAUUAGCAUUAUUGUUAGCAAUUGCUCCUGAUUUAUAUUCAAUUUUAUAUUGUUUACUUGUGAAAAAGGAAAUUUGCCACAAACUGUAUCAAAAAUAAGAAACUUUGAGAGACUGUUAAUUUUCAUUAAAUAUACGUUUUUUAAAAUGUAGGGAGUGUUUUCAGCAUUUUAUCUAAUUUCAUUCUGGUGCUGUAAUUUUACAGGAAUGUGGAUCUCCUGUGUUUAAUUGCUCAUUAAAAGAAUUCCUAAUUAUA